AGACGUAUGUAACUGCCGGUUGGAGGCGGCCGAACCGCAGUGGAGAGAGAUCUAGGCGGCGGAGGCAGCGGCCAGGGAGGCCUUCAUCUCCGCCGCUGCUCCCCGACGCACUGUCCUAGAUUUAAUGCGUAGCGACUUCGGGUUGUUUUUCUUUUGCUUCUCUUAGGAGUCCCAAUUCCUGGAGCAAGAGCUCAGAAGAGGACGCUGUUCCCGCACAAGAGGCUUCAGCACAAGCACCCCGACGAUUAGGAGGCGGGAUGUCUGUGGUUGGCAUUGACCUCGGCUUUCUCAACUGCUACAUCGCUGUAGCAAGGAGUGGCGGCAUCGAGACCAUCGCCAAUGAGUACAGCGACAGGUGUACCCCGGCCUGUAUAUCUUUGGGAUCGAGAACUCGAGCCAUUGGAAAUGCAGCUAAGAGCCAGAUAGUCACGAAUGUAAGAAAUACAAUUCAUGGCUUCAAAAAGCUUCAUGGGCGAUCAUUUGAUGAUCCCAUUGUGCAAACUGAAAGGAUCAGGCUUCCUUAUGAGCUGCAGAAGAUGCCUAAUGGAAGUGCAGGAGUUAAGGUGCGGUACCUAGAAGAAGAGAGACCUUUUGCAAUUGAGCAAGUUACUGGAAUGCUGUUGGCCAAACUCAAAGAGACUUCAGAAAAUGCUUUGAAGAAACCAGUGGCUGACUGUGUGAUUUCAAUUCCUAGCUUUUUCACUGAUGCUGAGAGAAGAUCUGUGAUGGCUGCAGCCCAGGUUGCAGGUUUAAAUUGUUUAAGGUUGAUGAAUGAAACUACAGCAGUGGCACUAGCAUAUGGAAUUUAUAAACAGGAUCUUCCCCCAUUAGAUGAGAAACCAAGAAAUGUAAUAUUUAUUGAUAUGGGACAUUCUGCCUACCAGGUCUCGGUUUGUGCUUUUAACAAAGGAAAACUUAAAGUCUUGGCUACCACUUUUGAUCCAUAUUUGGGUGGCAGGAACUUUGAUGAGGCUUUAGUAGACUACUUCUGUGAGGAGUUCAAGACCAAAUAUAAGAUAAAUGUGAAAGAAAAUUCUCGGGCCUUAUUGCGCUUAUAUCAGGAAUGUGAAAAACUGAAGAAGCUAAUGAGUGCAAAUGCAUCAGAUCUUCCACUGAACAUUGAGUGUUUCAUGAAUGACCUUGAUGUUUCUAGUAAAAUGAACAGGGCUCAGUUUGAACAAUUAUGUGCUUCCCUCUUCACCAGGGUUGAGCCACCAUUAAAAGCAGUAAUGGAACAAGCUAACUUGCAACGUGAGGACAUAAGUAGUAUAGAAAUUGUAGGGGGAGCAACACGAAUUCCUGCCGUGAAAGAACAAAUCACUAAGUUCUUUCUUAAAGACAUAAGUACCACGUUAAAUGCUGAUGAAGCUGUUGCCAGAGGAUGUGCAUUACAGUGUGCGAUUCUCUCACCAGCAUUUAAAGUGCGUGAAUUUUCUAUAACAGACCUUGUUCCCUAUUCAAUCACAUUAAGAUGGAAGACCUCUUUUGAAGAUGGAACUGGGGAAUGUGAAGUAUUUUGUAAGAACCAUCCUGCUCCAUUCUCAAAAGUCAUUACUUUCCACAAGAAGGAACCAUUUGAACUAGAAGCAUUUUAUACUAAUUUACAUGAAGUGCCUUAUCCUGAUCCAAGAAUUGGGAGCUUCACUAUUCAGAAUGUCUUUCCGCAGUCUGAUGGUGAUAGUUCCAAAGUGAAGGUUAAAGUUCGUGUUAACAUCCAUGGAAUCUUCAGUGUGGCCAGUGCAUCAGUAAUUGAGAAGCAAAAUGUAGACGGGGAUCACAGUGAUGCUCCUAUGGAGACAGAAACUUCAUUUAAGAAUGAAAGCAAAGAUGAUGUGGAUAAAAUGCAAGUUGACCAAGAAGAAGGAGGGCAUCAAAAAUGUCAUGCUGAACACACCCCAGAAGAGGAAAUUGAUCAUACAGGAACCAAAACAAAGUCAGCUUCCUCAGACAAACAAGACCGAUUAAACCAGACCAUUAAAAAAGGAAAAGUCAAGAGUAUUGAUCUGCCUAUUCAGAGUAGCCUGUGUAGACAAUUGGGCCAAGAUCUUCUCAACAGCUACAUUGAAAAUGAGGGGAAGAUGAUAAUGCAAGAUAAAUUAGAGAAAGAAAGAAAUGAUGCUAAGAAUGCUGUUGAAGAAUAUGUAUAUGAUUUUAGAGACAAGCUGGGCACAGUCUAUGAAAAAUUCAUCACUCAAGAAGACUUGAAUAAACUGUCUACAAUAUUGGAAGAUACAGAAAAUUGGCUUUAUGAAGAAGGAGAGGACCAACCUAAACAAAUUUAUGUGGAUAAGCUUCAAGAACUAAAGAAAUAUGGCCAGCCUAUUCAGAUGAGGUACAUGGAACAUGAAGAGAGACCAAAAGCUUUAAACGACUUGGGAAAAAAGAUUCAACUUGUCAUGAAAGUGAUAGAAGCAUACAGAAACAAGGAUGAAAGAUAUGAUCAUUUAGAUCCAGCUGAAGUGGAAAAAGUUGAAAAAUAUAUCAGUGAAGCCAUGAGUUGGCUGAAUAGUAAGAUGAAUGCACAGAACAAACUAAGUCUCACUCAAGAUCCUGUGGUGAAAGUCUCCGAAAUAGUUGCAAAGUCAAAGGAACUGGAUAAUUUUUGUAACCCCAUCAUUUACAAGCCCAAACCAAAAGUAGAGGUUGCUGAAGACAAAACAAAAGCUAACAGUGAACACAAUGGACCAACGGAUGGACAGAGUGGGACUGAAACUAAACCAGAUAUGACAAAAGACAGCUCCCAGCAUCCUAAAUCUUCUGGAGAGAUGGAAGUGGACUAAGUCUUAAUUUUACCUUCACAUAAUUCAGACAGUGCAAGCAAUCACCAAGGUCCAUUCUUCCUUUUACAUGUGGUACACACAACAUACGUUCAGUUCUUAACCACGUUUUGUCAUUUGUUUUUUGGAGUAGUUUUGAAAAGUGUUUUAUAUUGAGUGCACUUCUGUUCAUUUCCAUUGCUGCUUAUGUGAAGCUUUAGCUGAGAAUAGAUUUAUAAGUCAGUUUAAGCUUUCCUAAUAUAUGUUAUAUCAAAUAUGCGAGACUGAUAUAUAGUUGGCAACAAUCUACCUUAUUUAAAGCUUCUACUUGGAUAAACCUCAGCUCCUGUAUUUAGGAGAGGAUACUGUUUUGCACUAUUGCAGAAGCAUAGAUUUAAUUGCAUCAUCAUUUUGAAAAACAUUGAAAUUGAUGUGGUUUAAAGCCACCGAGGCACUGACUUUUUUCUAGUUAUUGUAGUUAUAAUUUAAAUAUUAAAACAGAUAAUCUUAUUGGUGUGCCAUGAGAACUCCAAAGUGCUGUCAUCACAUAAAUGAACUAAAUCACAUGUUGAAAGGGAAAACACACAAUUUUUAUGUUAAGGUGACACCAGCAGUUUGCAUCUUUUAUUAGUAAUGUGGAUUGAUGUUUCCUCAAGAGUAAUUCAGUGUCAUUUUCACUUGAAACUUCUGAUCUAUUUGUCCUGAAGACCAGCUGCUGCUAACAUAAUACUAGCCUAAAGAUGAGGCAUUUUUGAUGAAAAUACCUUCAUGUUAAGGGGCAAAUGCUAUUGACCGACUCAGAUGUUCAUGUGUGAUGUUGAUAGCCUUGUUUCAGUUUUAAUAGUUGUUUUGUUUUUCUUAAUUGACUUUGUUAAUAUCUGAACACAGGUUUGGGAGAAAUGGCACAAUGUACUGCAUUAUAUACAUUUAUCACUGAUUUACAUAAUGUUAAGAAAUAGAUAAACACUUAAGCGGUAAUACUUGAAAAGAAGUACUUAUACCGUAAGUCUUAGGAAAUAAUGCUUGUAAUAAACUUAACUAUGUUACACAUAUCAACAGGCAUAGAAUGUUACAUAAGUGUAAUAUGAUAUGAUGUGAUUAAAUUAUAGUUCCUGCUGUUACAUUACCUGUUCAGAUCUUGGCUCCAGUUUUGGUGCUUCUUAUAUAUAUUAUAUGGGACAAGGGACUGUGAAAUUAUGAUAUUUUAAGACUUAAUCAGUGCUUCAUCACCAGACUUGUUAACGUUGUUCAGUUCUGUCCAGAGGCUUGAAACCAUUUAAGUAUGGGAGCAGUCUGAAAUGACUUUUCAGACCUACGAGAGGCAUAGACCAUGCAUGGCACUUGUGUUUCAUGCCAAUCAACUAGAUUAAUAACCUAAGUUAAAAUUUUGAAAGGCUCACUUUUUCCCAAAGCUAAAACCUUUAUAUUAAGAUGAAUUAAUAAUGACUUUCUUACAUAGUAAAAAUUGAGAGUUUAAUAUCUUUAGGGAUAGUCAUUAUUUCUCACAAAUAGUUCUCUUAAGAGAGAUUUUGUUUCUACAAUGUAGUCUGCACUGAAAGGGGAGCAUAUGGAGCAGUGCAUUUUGCAGGGAUUUUUAUUCAUCCUUUUUGAGGGAGAUGUCCCUUUUUUGCAUUAAAAAAAUCAAAUAGACCCAAUAUAUUUUUAAUGUCUUCUAGUCUUUAAACUUCUCCUUGUCUUAAUACUCUUAAAGUGAACUAAUUAUAUCCACUAGUAAUUAAAUACUUUCUUUUUAAAGCAUCAGUUGGUUUUCAUUUAUAGGUUGAAUAUAUAGGUUCAUUUCAGGAAGAGCAUCAAAGUUAUGAAGGAGUAUUUCAACAGAACACAUUAGGGAGUUCGAAGCUUUUCAAGAAAAUCUCCACCCACUUCGUUAGGAGCUAUGUAACUCCAAAACUUGUGAACAAAUGUGUAAAUAACCCUUUCUGCAUCUGACCUAAUAUAUCUGACAUCUUCCCUUCCUUCUUAAAUCGGUUUAUGUAGUUCUGUGUUUUAGAUCUAUAACAUUCUAAUUCUUACAUUUAUAUAACACUUCACUUGAUAAGUUAAAUACAUCCAAAGAUAAGAUGUAUGCUUUCCUACUCAUCCAACUUAAAUGAUAUUUUCAAAAGCUAUUUAACCUUAUGAUGUAGUUGUUUACUGAAUAUAAAGAAAAAUAUGUUCUCCUUAACAGUUCAGGGUAGAAGGCAUGGCUCAGUUUAAUCUGCAUGGAAAUAUAUGCAGUACUAGACAAAAAAAUUUUUUUUCAAAAUAAAAAGCCACUAUUUUAGAAGUUAUUUUAGAAAAGACAUAGAAAAUUAGAAUGUUUUCCUAUAAUCAAAUAUGAACUAAGUAUGUAGAAAAUAGGAUGAUUAAAAUACACUUUUACUCUAUGAAAAAGUAUAAAUCACUUGGUUUCCAAAUCCACCUCCUGAUAGCCAAUCAUACUGUGAUUAUAAAAACAAAGAUUGCUUAAAUAACAAAGUUAUUUAACACAAAGUUUGUGAUGCUUUAAUUCCUUUAGUAGUAUACAGAAUUCUUAAGUUUAAAACAACUAGAAACAGUACACCAAAGAAUUGGGCUUUUGGAAUAAACAGAUAAUAAUCGCAGUUUAAAAGAGUGUAACUAAUUAGGUUUUUCCUAAGAAGAAAUAAAGAUUUCUUAGAGUUUCUCGGCCAAUUUUCAGUAUAUUUAUGAUUACUUCCUAGAUAGCUAUAUUAAUGAACUUGGGGCUCAAUUUUUAUAUAAUAAGUAUGAAAACAUUUUAUCCAAAUUAGGACAUCUUGAACUGUUUUGAAAAAUUAUCAAUACUUAAAGACAAUGAGCAUUCAAAUACAGUGAUCAAAUUAGCUGACUUCAGUUUGAGCCAAAAUAGAACCAUUCCUCUGUAUUCAUGAAUUUGAGUUGUAAUAAGCCUAUAAACAUUCUCAUUAGGAUUUUGUUUUGUUUUUAACAGGUGAUAUUUGGUAGUUAACAGUUGAAACCUUGGCAUUGAUCUUAAAUAUCAUAGAAGUGAUUCUUAAAUGACAAGACAAAUAUAACUUCACCUUUCUCACCUUUUAGAAUUUUACAACCAGAAAACUUCAAUUCUAAAUUAAAUGUUAUUUUGUGAUUAGACUUAGGAAGUUUUAAGUAGAAUUUGGCCUGUGAUAUCUGAUUCUAUAAAAUUAAUGAUAAGCAUUACUGAUUGUAUCAAUAUUUAAAAUCUGAUGGCACUGAUUAAAGUUAGCCACUGAUGACUUCAAAUGUCAUUGGUAGUGUGCUUAAAGUGUGAUUCUAAUAUUAUGCUCUUACUCUACAAUCUUUCAUAACUACCAUUUAGCAAACUAAUCUUUUAAAGCCAUCAAUUUCAGAAGACAGAAUUUUGAUGAUCAAAAAAGAAAAGCAGGUUUGAAAUUUCCUUUUUUGUUAAGGUCUUACCAUUUUAAAAGUUCCCAGGGAGCACAUAAUCUUUUCUUUCAAUAAAAAAGUAACAGAAAUUAAUGCAAAGACCAAAACUCUUAACCAAAACAAAAAACUUCAGCUAUUUUGCUUCCUCAUCUAAUUUUAAAUGUACUAAUAAAAUUUAUGUUCUUCCAUAUACUCCUGUGUUUCCUAAAAAAAACCAGCUUUGGGUUAAUACUACAGCCAGAUGUCUAAGUUUUUUUCUUGCUGAAUUCAAGGGUAUUUGCUUCACACUUUAAAUAAAAAGGCACCUGGAAUUCUUAGAACGUUAAACUGAAGCUGCUUAGAAGAAGAAAACUUAACCUCUGUGGCACAGUGGUCAGUACCUGUUAGGUGGUAAUGGCUCUUUCAUCUUCCAGAUCCCUAAGGCUACCUCUAGCAUAUUGUUAGAGUAAGUAUUAAAAGAAAAAGCACAUCUAUUAAAACACAUUAUUAAAGGACUCGGAACUUUCAAAUCAAAAAAGCUAAUUGAAUGAUGAGCAUUUUAUUCAGUCUGUCAAGCAGGUCAAAAUCCAUAACCAUAACAAAAAUUAAUAGUAUAAUCUUUGCUUUGGAAUCUUUUACUGUCCUAAGUUAUAGGAUGAUUAUUAAGGAAGUAUAUAGAUACCUAAAAAUGACCCAUCCUGUACAGAGAUAAGGGAAAUUCAGUAUGUUUUAUUUUUAUAGUGUAUAAACUAUAAAUGGAAAUGAUCUUUCUGGUGCAUCUUCAUCCAUUUAUUCUCUCAUCCAAUUCUAGGCUCUUGUAUAAUCCUAUUUUUCUCCAGCACAUUUUGGUUUUUUUAUUUUAGAUGAUUUUUUAGGUCUUUCAUUUUGUGUAUUUUUAAAUAGUUUCACAGCUAUCCUAUCCCUUUGAUAGCUAAUUUUAUUGCCUUUGUUGCCUUCUAAACACCAAAUCUUAUUACUGUGAAGAAUUUUUUGACUCUUAUAAAUUCAUACCUGAAAAGCUGUGUUGUAAGUUUCCUCAUGUAGUAUCUCUAAAAUUUAAUAAUGGCUUCUAGAGUUUUCGUAUUUUGGCCUUAGAAUACUUUUAAGUAGUUCUGGACCAAAAGAGGUCAGUUUUGUGAAUUAUCAUAUAUGAAGAAACCCAACAUUCCUUAUUUUUAAUACAGAUACCAGUGUGACAAAAUAAGGGUCAGAAAUUCAAAAUUGUUAAAGAGUUAGCCACCUUCCAUUGUUUGUUCUUUCUGAUUUACAUACAUGUUCUGUGCAUCUUCCUGUUUUGUUUUGUUUUUAGAAUUUCCUAAAUUUUGUGCUUCUAAGACCUUGAGUCAAAAUGCUCUUGAAAUCAUAUGGACCCAUCCAGAAUAAGGUGUUAAAAUGUCAUUAGAAGGUAGGGAAAUCUAGGAAAUGCUUUAAAGUAUUGUAUUAUUUUCUCUGAAAUAAAAUUUUAUGGCUUAAUGUCUUGGAAGCAGACUCACAUUAAAAGUGGUUACCUUUUAUACUUGGUAAGAUGAAGCCAUUGUUUAAUUCUACAGUAUAUAAAGCAGUUUUUUAAUGAAAUUAUCAAAUUGUUUUAGUUCUAAUAUGGCAUCCAAGUCAUUUUUUCUUUUCUUCAACCAUUAUUAAAAUAAUUUCUAUUGUGACUCUGACUCUAGUCAUUAGUGUAAAAGAAUUUCUGGUGGUUUAGUUCCUAUUAGUUAAUAAUUUUGUUUUUAAGAAAACUACAUUUUGUAAUUUCCAAGUUUGUUUUCAAUACAAAGAGUAACCAGUGCAAUGCAGACAAUCAUAACCAAGUGUGAUGUGUCUAUAAAAAUAAUCAACUGAUUUUUGCAUGUAAUAGACCCUCAGCUUCAACAAGCUGACAUGAGAAUGGUUUGUGAUGUUACACUAACAUUCUAGGAAUAUAAAUUUGGCAUACAAUUUUGGUUCACAAACAUCCAUAAUAAUGUUACAUAUGGCAGGAUCAAAGUAUAUAAAAUACUUUCUGUGUAUGUAAAUUGGCAUCUUCAUACUAGUGAACAAAUAGCAAUUGAUAAUAAAUGCAAUUCAUUUUUGGA